UGAAGGCAGUUAUAGGGUUGGAGGAGACAGGAAAUCGGCAAACAUAAGAGGCUGAGUAGGACGACCUGGCAACGGUGUAAACGGGAGCAAAACAAACAAGAUGGCGGCCGCGGCGAGGACGCAUGAGUGUGAAGUGCGAGAGUGAGGGUGAGCCUAGCCUGCGUUGCUGCCACACCGCCUCCACCGCCGCCACCACUACCGCCAUGGACAACGGCAGCCAGACGUCUCCCUCCAGCAAGCAAGUGUGCAAGAGGACCCAGUAUGAGGACCCUUUUGCCCUCCACUCGCUCAUCUCAAGUUCAGGGAGUCUCCUCGAUAAUGAAAACUCCCUCUUCAUGGGCCCACUCUUCCCCCCCCUGCGUGGGAUCGAAGACCAGUGCGAAGGGGGCAACACAGGGCGAGUAGGUGGCCGAGGCAGCACUGGGGGUAGCGGCGGAGGGGUGCUACAGCCCUCCAGCGCCCCCACCUCCCCCCAGCACCGCCACACCAGCGCCACAUCCCCCCCACCCCUCUCCCCAGUCCCCCUCGGAGCCUCAGCGGCCUCCACUUCCUCGGACCCUAAUUUCCACGCCACCAGCCUGCGCGAGCGGAAUGCGGCGAUGCUCAACAACGAACUGAUGGCUGACGUGCAUUUCGUGGUGGGCCAGCCAGCAGGCAGCACCCAGAGGAUCCCCGCCCACAAGUACGUGUUGGCGGUGGGCAGCAGCGUCUUCUAUGCCAUGUUCUACGGGGGGCUCAAGUCAGAGGAGGAGGUGCAGGUGCCUGAUGUGGAGCCCUCGGCCUUCCUCACUCUGCUCAGGUACCUCUACUGCGAUGAGAUCUGCCUGGAGCCCGACACUGUUCUGGCAACACUGUACGCGGCCAAGAAGUAUCUGGUCCCCCACUUGGCUCAGCAGUGCGUGAAAUUUCUCGAGGUCUCGCUCACUGCCCGCAACGCCUGCCUCCUCCUCUCCCAGUCACGGCUUUUUGAGGAGCCUGAACUGAUGACGCGAUGCUGGGAGGUCAUUGAUGCCCAGGCCGAGAUGGCACUACAGUCCGACGGGUUUGUUGACAUUGACUUUCCGACCCUAACGAGCGUGCUGUCCCGGGAGACCCUCAACUGCAGGGAGAUUGUGCUCUUCGACGCUGCUCUCAACUGGGCUGAGGCUGAGUGUGGGCGGCAGGAGCUGGAAACGACCCCUGAGAACAAGAGGGAGGUGUUGGGGCAAGCCAUGAACCUGAUCCGCAUCCCCUGCAUGGAGCUGGCCGAGUUUGCCAACGGGGCCGCACAGUCCGGCAUCCUCACCCUGCAGGAGACGACGGAUCUUUUUCUCCACUUCACGGCCCGCAACAAGCCCUCCGUCGCCUACCCCAUCAAGCCCCGCCAAGGCCUCAAGAAGCAGAUCUGCCACAGGUUUCAGUCGUCAGCGUACCGAAGCAACCAGUGGCGGUACCGAGGCCGCGUGGACUCCAUCAACUUCAUGGUGGACAAGAGGAUAUUCAUCGUUGGUUAUGGCCUGUAUGGGUCAUCCAGCGGGGCGGCCGACUACAACGUACGCAUCGAGCUGAAGAAGUACGGCGAGGUCCUGGCCGAGAGCACCACCAAGUUCUUCUCUGACGGUUCAUCCAACACCUUCCACGUGUACUUCACCCACCCAGUGCAGGUGGAGCGUGAUGUCUACUACACCGCCUCCGCCAUCCUGGACGGGGCAGAGCUCUCCUACUUUGGGCAGGAGGGCAUGAGUGAGGUGAACAUGGGGGCGCUCACCUUCAUGUUUCACUGCUCCUCAGAGAGCACCAACGGCACGGGGGUCCAGGGCGGCCAGAUCCCGGAGCUCAUAUUCUACGGCCCCACCCCAGAGAGCUCGGAAAAGUAGUGGCCCGUGGCUUUGUCUCUCCCGCUAGAGAUGGUCUCUGUAGCCUAUACAAUGGUUAUACCAUUGGGUGUAUUAUAGCUGUAAGGACACCAGUCACUGGUGGAACCAAUCUUCCUCUGCAAAGCAAGCUUCAGCAGAAUGUUAACUUUGUCAGUUCUGUUGGUUAUUCAUGAUUUAUAUUACAAUUAUCUUAUUAUCACAUUUAAUGUUAAAACGAAGUGGCAGUUUCAUGUAGAGAACUUUGGUGAGUGAAUUUGUGAUUGUGGAUAGAGUAACUGUGCGUUGAGUAGAACAGAGUGAGACUGUUAGAAUAAUUUUAUUGGCUCUAGUGUAACCAAGCACUGUUGAGAGCAGCUGUGUUGUGUGUGUUUGUCCCGUGGUGCUGUGGCCAUAGCAGGCAGAGCCAUAGUUUGGAGGACAACUCAAGGAUGCCCGGAGCUCUCUGGGUUGGGGAAGGGAGGCUUGGCACCAUGCUUAGCAUUCUCUGCUGGGGGGUGGGGGCCCUGAGGUGGCUCCCAGACGCACAACAAUAGACGGUGCUCUGCCACAUCCCCACUGGGAGGAGGGACUGCCCUGGCCAGGCCUGUACCUCCUGGCAUGUUGUGAAGGGAGCGUUACAGACGGCUGCGGUGCUUCCCGCCUCUGUACCCCGGAGAACACAGACUGGUGGUGGUGGAAGGCACGUGUGGAGUGUCCUGUAGUGCUGCCUUGGUAGUGUGUGUAUAAACUUAAUUCCCAUUGGCUGCUAUCCCGUGUUACCUGUACAUAAAGUAGAGUCCCCAAAAGAGAUAUAAAACGAUAGGAGUAAUAGUGCAUGAAUCCUAUCCACUCAUUAAUGUGCCAUGGACAGUUAGUGAGCAGCAGUCAGUCAUCAGGAGCGUCACAAGCAGGAUGAGGAACUGUCAAAGGAGUUGUGUGCGAGAAAAACCCAGCUUGCCAAAAACGGAAACUGGAGAGAACGUAGCUAGUCUGAGGCUGGAGGGUGGAGGGCAGUGUUGCCAGAUUGUCGUCCUCAGCCUAUUACAUUUUCCGAUUUCCGACCCCAAAAACUGUCUCCUUCGCCCCAAGAGCUAGCUUCAUUAAUAGUUACCGCUGAAAUGGUUAAUUACUGAUGUGUUUCCAUUUUUUUGCAUUAGUUGUGGGGGUUAAUUUCUGAUGUGUUUAGUUUUUCUCAUUAGUUGUGGGGGUUAAUUUCUGAUGUGUUUAUUUUUUGUAUUAGUUGUGGCUAAUUUCGGAUGUGUUUAGUUUUUCUCAUUAGUUGUGGGGGUUAAUUUCUGAUGUGUUUAGUUUUUCUCAUUAGUUGUGGGGGUUAAUUACUGAUGUGUUUAGUUUUUCUCAUUAGUUGUGGGGGUUAAUUACUGAUGUGUUUAUUUUUUUACACCUCCUAUCUUAUCCCUACUAACGUCUUGAUCUUUACGUUAUACAGUAGCUACUUCACCCUCGUACCUGUCCCUACCUUCCCCCUCUAACCUCCUUAUCCUUGCCUAGCUACCUUAUCGCAUUAUUACAGUUUUGGGGCCAGAAACUGAAAAAUACGAUGCUCGGAGUAUAGUGAUCUGGCAACACUGGCUCGAGGGGUUACGAGUCGUCAUCUUCAGGUUAUCUCUCUCUCAGGUGCUCAUUCUUCUCUGCAUCCCGCCACAGUGUAGGAACGCCUGCACUGCCCUGGACAUAAUGGCAGUGGGAGCUCUUUGUCUCGUGGAUUCCUGCUCCCAUAUACCUGCUCAUCCAGUGGUCCGCAGAUAGAACUAUUUUUUUCACAUUUCUAACCUUUAAUAUCCGCAUUUAUAUAGCCUUUAAUAAGUACCAUGAGUUUUAGUUUUAUAUUAUAUGUGUACAGUGUGUAUAGAUUGUUGCAUUUAAUAUAUUUUGGCUUCCUUUGUUACCAAGAAUAUCAUCAGUUUGUGGUCUGUAUUGUAAGACACUUCCGCCUCUCAUAUCAACUGUUUUCAAAGGUCAAGAAGGAGAUUAAUCGGGUUCUAAUGAGUCCUUGUUUAGGUUCUUGGCACAGAGGAAUGGUCAAACUACCACCAGGGUCACAAAACUUGCCCUGGAAAUGCCCCGAACUCAUACGAAAGCCUUGUCAAAUAUGUGAACUUGGGCGACGAAAUGUUUAAAAAUACGGUCCUGUGUGUAAAAGGAGAUUAAUUGGGUUCUAGCAAGUCUUUCUUUAGGUUCUUGGCACAGAGGAAUGGUCAAACUACCACCAGGGUCACAAAACUUGCCCUGGAAAUGCCCCGAACUCAUACGAAAGCCUUGUCAAAUAUGUGAACUUGGGCGACGAAAUUAUUAAAAAUACGGUCCUGUGUGUAAAAGGAGAUUGAUUGGGUUCUAGCAAGUCUUUCUUUAGGUUCUUGGCACAGAGGAACGGUCAAGCUACCACCAGGGUCACAAAACUUGCCCUGGAAAUGCCCCGAACUCAUACGAAAGCCUUGUCAAAUAUGUGAACUUGGGCGACGAAAUGUUUAAAAAUAUGGUCCUGUGUGUAAAAGGAGAUUAAUUGGGUUCUAGCAAGUCUUUCUUUAGGUUCUUGGCACAGAGGAACGGUCAAACUACCACCAGGGUCACAGAACUUGCCCUGGAAAUGCCCCGAACUCUUACGAAAGCCUUGUCAAAUAUGUGAACUUGGGCGACGAAGUGCUUAAGAAUAUACGGUCCUGUCUGUUUAAAGCUGUCAAUAUGUAUCGUCACCCUCAUAAAGUAAUCGCCUAAGUCAUUUUUCAGUGGUUUCCAGGUUUUUGUCUACCUGGUACAUCAAUUUUUCAACAAGUGACGCCCAUAUUUGUAUAGUUGCCUUCAUCAUUCAAGGCUCGAGUGUUCUAGAAUCGGCCUUUUCAUUUCUGCCUAAACCUUAAGCCAAAUGAGAUGACGACGGUUCUUUUCCAAUUUCCUGAAAAGUAUAAAAUAACGACUUUAGCGGUUUGUUUACGAAGGUGACGAUAUGAUGAAUGUCAAGGCUCGUCUGAGAACUCUUGUAUAGCUAACUGGAGCAUUUGAACCUAAUGAUGAGGUAUGAAAAUGUAUAUUGGAGAGGCUGGUGUGUGAUCCCUUUAGCAGUGUUGUUAAAGGAGGGAGAGAGAGAGAGAGAGAUAGAGGGGAGUGCAUAUAGUAAUGGUUAAGGAAGGGGCUGUACUGUGCUUGUGGGUGACAGUCUGGGACCUCAAGCUCAAGUACAUGCAAACCUCAGUAUUCGCGGUGGUUAAAUUUGAUUGUUUUUAGGAGCAGCGUUUAGUGGGAUUUUUUUAUUCUAUGCUUUUUUUGUGCCCUCGAGCUGUUUCCAUUCCUGUAAAAAAAAGAAGGUUCGCUGUAAAACGUCGCUUAGCUUUUCACUCUUAAGCUAAGUGGUAAAAAAUGGGUUCUUGAGUUUGCGUUGUUCACGUCUACUUAAAAAAUUACGUAAUGUUCGUGACUCCAUAUCAGGCGUCGAGAGAUCAAAAACUGAGCUAAACUGAGGCAAAUAAGAUUGGUUUUGGGCACGGAACUUACUUAUUUGUUUGUUAUUACUUGUGGGGUAAAACAGACAUUUAUUUCACUUUCACAUAAAAAACAACAUUGAACAUUCAUGACCCCAUAUCAGGUAUUUAGAGAUAAAAAAACUGAGCAAAACUGAGACAAAUAAGAUCAGUUUUGGGCACGGAACGGACUCAUUAGUUAAUUAUUUUUCAUCUAAGAACUCUUACAUAGCAAACUGGAGCAUUUGAACCUAUUGACGAGUUAUAAAAAGUAUAUUGGAGAGGCUGGUGUGUGAUCCCUUUAGCAGCAUUGUUAGAGGAGGGAGGUAAAAUAACCCAUGCAUUUAGAAGUCUCCUUGUGAGUGGCAUUCCUGUAAUUGAAAGUGCCUGUCUGUGGAAAGGUUAAAGUUUGAGAGAUUACAAAUGUCAUCGUCAGAGAACCGGUCAGGUCAAGUCGUAAACAUGCGUCAAAACUGUGAAUAGUGAGGUUUUCCUGUAUAUCUCAUAGUCUAUACACGUUUAUGUUUAGUAAUGGUGUUUAUUUUCAUAGAGAUGUUUAUAUAUAUUGUAAUGUGGUAUGUCUUGACCACUUUUCGUCAGGCCUUCGCGGCUAUGGAGGCUACAGGCUUUAUGUAAUAGUUAUGUUGUGAAGGGUCCAGCGGAAACACUCGUGAUGGAGGAAUUAUAUCAAAUCACAAUAUUUCUUGAUUUUAACCCGGUAGCUGCGGGGAUCAUGUUUCUUAAAGGCCCAUCUAAGCGAAUUAAUGAGAAAAAAUUAUCACUCACACAAAUCAUUUUAUAAUACAUGUCAAUGCAUUUGUGAUCAGUUUAUGCAUCCUCUAUUUUUGGCGUUCAUGUCAAGGCAAAAAUUUGGCCUGUCACUGGUACGCGGUAAAGCCACAAAUUUGGCCCGUCACUGGUAUUCGGUAAAGCCACAAAUUUGGCCCGUCACUGGUACACGGUAAAGCCACAAAUUUUGCCUGUCGCUGCUACUGGGUUAAGGAAAUGGCUCUAAAUUCUUCUGAAGCUGUAAUUUCUAUUGGUGAACUGUUUUAUAUAAUUCUGUGGAGAUUUUAAAGUUUGUGUUAUCACAGAACUAAUCUUCCUUUUUUGUGUAAGAAUUUCUAAUGGCGUUCUUGGGAAAAGCUCAAUCAGUGUAUCAAGGCUUCUAUUAUCUGUUGUGACAAGUAUUUUUACCUGAUACUUCUUUUAAUCAUAGUGAAAGGGAUAUUUGAUUCACAUUUUGCAGUCAACUUCUUUUAAUCAUAGUGAAAGGGAUUUUUGAUUCACAUUUUGCAGUCAACUUCUUUUAAUCAUAGUGAAAGGGAUUUUUGAUUCACAUUUUGCAGUCAACUUCUUUUAAUCAUAGUGAAAGGGAUUUUUGAUUCACAUUUUGCAGUCAACUUCUUUUAAUCAUAGUGAAAGGGAUUUUUGAUUCACAUUUUGCGGUCAACUUCUUUUAAUCAUAGUGAAAGGGAUUUUUGAUUCACAUUUUGCGGUCAAGGCUUCGGUUCCCAGGAAGUGGUUCUCCUUCCCUCUAGCGGGUCUCGGCCUGGACAGCCUCAACAGUCACAAAACACUACUUCAUGGGCCGUAUUACAAGUCCGAGAAGUUUUGGGUCCCUACAGAGUUCGGGAUGAAUGUCUCUGUAGGGACUCGAAACUUCUCGGCUUCGACUCGUAACACGGCCCUAUACUUCAUGUCACAGGUUAUGCAGGUGUCUAACUACUACUUAUUGUGUAUAUAUUAUUUAUGAAGAUUUUUUCACUUAAACGGAAAUUGCAGGAGGAGAAUCUACACUGAAAUCCUGGUUUAUAGAUCUUGUACAGCGUUGGACUGAAUGUGUAUAAUAUGGCACCUUAGUUUUCUUCCUCGUGUAGAAGAGAAUAUUUUCUAUGUUCAAGAAGUAGCCGGUUAUUCACCUUUCCAGUGUAGCGUUAACUCAAAGGAGCAUAAUGAGCAAAAGCUGUACAGACUGUCCUUAGAUGCACAUAUUUUCCAGAGGCAGUUUUCAAAUUAUGGAGUUUUGCAACCACAGAAGUUUAGCAUAAAUUACUUGAAAUAUAACUUGAAUACUCUGUAGAGUCUCAUUCUUAGUAAAUCAGUUUUUAUGA